AUGGAUCAAGAAGACAAAGAAAUUAAAUUUAGUAAAAAGAUAUUAGUUAUAGGUGAAGCAGGUGUAGGAAAGUCCGCCAUCAUUUAAAAGUAUGUCAAUAACUUCUAUCCUGAAAUGUACAAGCAAUCACUUGGAUGCAAUUUUUUUAGCAAACAAUUAGACCUUUCAAAGACUGCAUCAGUAACUUUGAGCAUAUGGGAUUGCAGCAGUGAAAGCUUAAAAUCUAAAAUGCUUAAUACUUAUAUAUAUGGAUCAGAUGCAGUUCUUUUUGUUUACGACAUAACUAACAGAAGCAGCUUUGACUCUAUUCGUAAUAUUAUGAAGCUAGUUUAAUCUGUUUUGAUAGAAAAUAACGAUGUAGAGUAUUGUGUUUUAGGAAAUAAAAAUGAUUUAUUCAAUUAAAUAGCUGUUGAAGAGGAUUAAGCGAAAGAAAUGUGUAAAAUACUCAAUCUCCCCUACUAUUCUGUUUCAGCUAAAAUGGGAUCCAAUCUUAACGAAUGUUUUAAAAAUAUAGCAUACAAAGUCUGCAAAUUACCUUUCCCUUCAGAAGAAAAGAAAAAUGAUAAAAGCUUAGAAGGAUCUAUUCCAGAUUUAAGAAGUGAAGUAAAGGGAAGUAAUGGAGACAACAAGACAUCAAGUGGAUGCAACAUAUUUUGA